AUGAAUCAGAAAAAGGAUCUUACCUUGCUUGAGAAAAAGGAGUGUUAUUUCGCAAGCAUUUCUCCAUCGUUUAAAACUGGUAGGAAGAACUAUAGAAGUAGACAUCGAAACAAAAUGAAAGCAAGGAUUUCCUGUAAUUAUGGAACUUUCUGGAACUACGGCAAUCCAUGUUUUGUGUUGACGUCAAAUCAAUCAACGCAGACUGAUCGUUGUGAUUGUCCAAUUUAUUCAUUAUUGCAGGUGAUGACUGGUGGUUGUAAAGGUUUCGGAAAACGAAUUAUGGAAUGGCCAGAAGAUCUUAUUAUUGGAGGAAUCCAACGUAAUAGCGGUGUGUUGAGAUCGGCAGAAGCUUUACAGAGUGUUUUUCUGGUUGCGAGUCCGUUUGAUGUGUUUCUGCGAUUUAAGGAACAAAAAGACUCGCAUCCAAAUCUAGACACUGCACGAUGGAAUCCCGGAUGGGCGUCGGAUAUUAUUUUCAGUUGGCAGAGAAAUUUCACACAAAAACUCUAUGGACAUCAAGCUAAUAACAACACGGAUGAGAAACGUGUGUUUCAUCCACUGGCGUCGACUUCCAUUGCUGAUAUGCUUGAAGAAUUCUCGCAGUUCAACUACACCAUCAUAAUCAUGGCCGGUUUACGAUUUUUUGCUUUAUUUCAGCCGAUUUUGGAUGAAAAGAUAUUUCGUCAUCUUGUGGUGAUCUAUGCGGCUUUCACUCAAGCUCGUAUCGAUGGCCGUUGGCUGGCUAUUAAAUCAAAUGUGGCUCUUUCGUUUAUCGGUGUCGUAUUAGUGACGUACUCAUCUAUUUGUGGUUUGGGGAUGACGACCGCUUUAGGCAUCAACUUCAACGCAGCCACGACUCAGAUUGUGCCAUUUUUAUCGCUCGGUCUUGGUAUUGAUGAUAUGUUCCUAUUAUUGCACAAUUACGAUGAGAUAAUUCACACGAUGAGAAGAAAUGAAAUGGGAAUUCUUCUAAAGGAAACUGGAAUGUCCGUUAUGGUUACGUCUAUCAAUAAUAUUCUUGCCUUCUGUGCUGGUUACGUGCUGCCAAUUCCGGCUUUGAGAUCGUUUUGUUCACAGACUGCCGUUUUGUUGGCGUUCAACCUGAUGUCAUUGAUGUUCAUCUUUCCCGCAUUCAUCGGUCUCGAUCUUCGUCGAGUGCGAGCAGGUCGAAGAGAUCUCGUCUUCUGUGGACCUGCAAGUGAUUCUGAAAAAGGCGAGAAGCAAUCUGGAUUCCCAUAUAAUGUGUCUUCUAAGGAUGACCUGACGAAUAACGCAUACAUCGACACUUACACCAGGAAUCAGCCGUGGUACACCGUUGGCGGAUUCCUAACCAAUUUCUAUAUUCCUGCACUUAAACUGCCUAUGAUUAAGGUGUUGGUUUUCUUGGUAACAAUUUGUGGAAUUACCUUUGGUUUAUACGGUAUGUACACGACAACAUUAGGACUUGAGUUGGCCGAUGUUUUGCCGGAGAACACAGCACCGGCUGCCUUUUUGAAACAAAAUUACCACGUGAAAGUACGAUUAGUGAACGUUCUAGAUGAGAGCAGUGGAAUAUUUCGACCAGUUGUCAUCCACUUUGAUCCAAAUAGGGCUCGUGAAAAGUAUUUCUCAUUCUAUCCAAUGUUUGCCGUGCUACGUGGUAAGGCUAUCGACUUUCCAAAUCAACAGCGAUUGAUUGAAGAGUAUAGAGACGCAUUAGGUUCAACUUCUUACAUGGUUAAGGCGAACGGGAGACUCCAACCGUAUUGGAUGUCGAUGCUUCGAAUAUGGCUUGAAUCAUUACAAGUGGCACUGGAUAAGGAAAUCGCUAACGGAACAAUGGAUCCGAUUACUGGAAUGCCCAUCAAAGGACAGGUCAAUUCGUUUUAUUUUCUUCCAGUUUAUUCGUACGAUCAGAGUAUGGAUCGGACUUCCAAUAAGUUUUUCUCUUUAUUCAUCUUUAUUCUUCAGCAAAAACCUGCUCCAGAAGCGUUGAUCGCUCGACGACUGGUUUGCUCAUAUGGUGAAAAUUAUAACUGCACUGGACGUAGUUUUUAUAACUAUCUAACUGGAUGGUAUAAUAUCGACAAUAUGAUGUACUACGUCUCACAAGCAUCGUUUCAACCAGUUCCACCGUUUUGGCAAAUGUCAUCGGUACGAUUGAGAAUUUUAAUGAAAACGUCGUUGAGUGUUCUCCUUCAGUUCACAUGUAUUGUGCCAGUAACGGUUGUGGUGGAAAAUCUAGUUCUUGAGCCAUCACAGCAAAUCGAUUCUUUUGGUUUUUCUUGUACUUCUCUGAAAAUGUACGGACUGUUGUUGGAUGACAAUAUGACAAUAUCUUUUUUUUCUCCUUCGGCUAAUACCUUACGCGCGCUGUCCCUUUUAUGUCCACAAAAGAUCAACCAAAGAGAUCGUGACUGUUCGGAGACCGUAGUGCCGCCUGCUCGGCCGUUACUGUAUUGUCAGAUACCAUUUUAUCAAACAAAUCUCACCGACACACCGGUCACUGUAAAUAUGAUUGAGGAAGUUCGUGCUGUAUGUGAUGAGUACACUGAGAAGGGUCUACCAAACUUUCCUAGCGGUCUUGCCUUUACUUUCUGGGAACAGUAUCUUUUCUUGAGGUGGAACCUUUUCUGCGCCAUCUGCAUCAUAGCGUUUGCCGUGUUCGCCGUCAUCUCACUGUUGAUGUUCAAUCCGUGGGCGGCCGCUAUGGUGAUGGUGAUUGUCGUAAUAGUUACCAUUGAACUGGGCGGUUUUAUGGGAUUGUUCGGCAUAAAAAUGAAUCCGAUCUCGGCUGUUAGUCUUAUAUCGGCUGUAGGAAUUGGUAACUAUUACUACCAUUCGGAUUCAAUGAUAUUCAAUGACCUGUUCCGUUACUUCGUCUCAAACUUUAGAAAGUGGAGAAAAGACAUUUCGAAUGGAAUAGAAAUCUCGGGCAUAAGCGAAGUUAGUGCAACGAAACGCGUCGUUCUAGGUGUCGAGUUCACUGCUCACGUAGUUCUGGCAUUUCUUACCUCUCUUGGUUCCGUCGAUGAUCGCCUGGAAUCCUGUUUGCAGCACAUGUUUGUACCGGUAUUUCAUGGAGCCAUAUCGACAUUGCUCGGAAUCGUUAUGUUGGUGUUCUCCGAGUUCGAUUUUGUUAUCAAGUAUUUCUUUAUCGUGAUGACGUUGUUAGUUAUAUUAGCGGUGUUCAAUGGUUUGUGUCUACUACCAGUAUUGUUAACACUCGUCGGACCAGAUCCGGAGGUUGGUUUUAGGGACAUAAAGUAA